UUCCUACCUUGAAGGGGUAAUUAAAACAUGACCCUUGUCCUAGAGGGAUACAGAGGAGACAGAAGGCACCCUUGGUUGUGUUGGCCCAAGUAGGAGCAACAGAUCUUUGAGACCAGCUGCAGCAUUGAGGCCGUACGCUGGAGAGGAUUCCUUUCACUUUGGGGAGAGCAGUGCUGUUUGCCAGUCCUUAUGUUUCAUAACGUGCCCUGUAAAUGCUGUACAUCUAGUACAGGCAGCUGAAGCAGCACAAGGAUGCUGAAAGAUAUGGUGAAAAUGUUAUCAGAGUCUGGGUGAAUAUUGCUGGAGAAGUCCAUUUGGUGACACGUUUGUCUCCAUCUGCCUGGCAUUGUCCGGGCAGAGGAGGAGUCAAGGGUCACCAUGAAGCUGAAGCAAAGAGUUGUCCUCUUGGCUAUUCUUUUAGUCAUUUUCAUUCUCACCAAAGUCUUCCUUAUUGACAACUCUGACACAUCUGCUGCUAACCGGGAGGAUCUCCGAGCUUUUCAUCGCAUGAUGGACACUUUGAAAGUGGAUCUUAACCCGCGACUGGAUCAUACAUUGCAGUCUCCUUGGGAGAUUGCAGCCCAGUGGGUGGUACCAAGAGAAGUUUACCCAGAGGACACUCCAGAACUUGGUGCUAUACUCCAUGCCAUGUCCACCAAGAAAAUAUUAAAAGCCGAUGUAGGAUACAAAGGGACACAACUGAAGGCUUUGCUUAUACUUGAUGGGGGACAGAAAGUAGUCUUCAAACCAAAAAGGUAUAGCAGAGAUUAUAUUGUAGAAGGUGAACCUUAUGCUGGAUAUGACAGGCACAAUGCUGAAGUAGCAGCCUUUCAUCUGGACAGGAUUCUUGGCUUUCGUCGUGCUCCAUUGGUUGUUGGAAGGUUUGUGAACCUGCGGACAGAGAUCAAGCCUGUUGCUACUGAACAGCUGCUGAGCACAUUCCUCACACAAGGUAACAACAGCUGUUUUUAUGGAAAGUGUUACUACUGUCGUGAGUCAGAGCCUGCCUGUGCUGAUGGAGAUGUAAUGGAAGGAUCAGUCACCUUGUGGCUUCCAGAUGUCUGGCCCCUUCAAAAGCACCGCCAUCCUUGGGGCAGAACAUAUCGUGAGGGAAAACUUGCCAGGUGGGAAUAUGAUGAGAGUUAUUGUGAUGCAGUAAAGAAGACCUCCCCAUAUGAUACGGGUCCCCGCUUGCUUGACAUUAUUGACACAGCCAUCUUUGAUUACCUCAUUGGGAAUGCUGACCGUCAUCACUAUGAGAGUUUCCAGGAUGAUGGAGGAGCCAGUAUGCUGAUCCUGCUCGAUAACGCUAAAAGCUUUGGGAACCCACUGCUGGAUGAACGAAGCAUUUUAGCCCCUGUUUACCAGUGCUGCAUCGUCAGAGUGUCUACAUGGAACAGAAUUAACUACCUGAAGAAUGGAGGCCUCAGCACUGCCCUAAGGACUGCUGUGUCACAUGACCCUAUAAAUCCCAUCCUGACUGAUGCUCACCUACAAGCCUUGGACCGUCGCCUGCUUAGUGUAUUGGCUGUGGUUAAACAGUGUAUGGACCAGUUUGGCACAGAUACCGUCUUAGUGGAGGACAGAAUGAGCCUCUCUCAUUUAUAGUGGUUCAAGGACAGAGAAGUGGACAGAAUGGGACGGCUAAAUGCACUGGCGUUGCCUCUCCAGAGAUGACACUGAAAUGUGGACAGAUUUGUGUCAUGCUCUUCUGAGAUCUAGUGGAGAUCUGUGACAGAGCACCAGAAUCAACAUGCUGCUGCUGUUUGCACCCUUGGACUUUGUCUCAGCAGUACCAAACUUUCUUUUAAAUUGAUGGAUCAGAACCAGUAGCUGUUACUGCUUUAUGAAGGAUACCACCAUUCUUCCAGCUGCAUAUAGUUCUAUAGCACAGGCACACUUCUCUCCUGCGCCUACGUGCGUCCCUGUUUGCCUGCAUUUAAGAAAAAGCUGCUAACUCCCUCAGGAUGGGGCAAAGCACACACAAGCAUUUGUCUUGUACAUUUAACUUGACAUUUGUUUUGUCUUAUAAAUUAAAAGUUUAAGUAAUUUUUAAUGUUGAAAGAUGGUAAGGAUGCUUUGAGAAGUACAUGGUAAGAGGAUGCUGUCAUUCAACAAAAUGGAUCAUCUGUUUUGGAUAAAUGUUGCGUGUGCCACUUUUGUUUUCUUCAAAAUUCCAUUGUGUCACUGUGCUGCAUAGUCUCACUUAAACUAAAAGUGUAAACGGUAACUUUCCCAACCUUAAGGUGGCAGCAGUACAACUCACUACUUUUUUCUGUGUGGGUUUGGUUGGAAACAUUUUAGAGCAGGUAUUUAUACAUUUGCUUACUUUGAACUGGUAAAUUUUCCCCUUCUACAGAUCCUGUUUUGUAAGGGUAGCAUAACAUAAAGGCUUAAGGUUUUAAGCUCUAAGCUACUGGCAGGUUUUAUAUUCUGUGCUUGUUUGAUUCCAUGAUUUUGCAUUUCUGUACUUUGAUCUCAAAGUCAUUUAAAGAUCAUGUGUAGUCUGCACAACUAUAUCUUAAGCUGAAUUUCAUGGAGCCCGAUUCACUUCUGUGGGUGUUCAGUUACCAUGUUCAUGUUUACCUGCAAGAAACGAGCAUUAAAAGGUCUUAAAAAAAGCUAACUUAAACGUGCUACUGUUUGCGCAGUUGUGCUGUGUACACAGUAGCCGCCUUCUGGGUGUACAAUAUCCUCUUCAUGCUGCCAUUGACUGGACCACCUUUUCAGGAGAGGAAGGUGGUUUAGUUCAUGCAUGCAGAAGGUGAACAGAGAAACUACCGAAACGCAGAAGGAAGGUUUAUAACAUUUGUACAUGUUAAAUAAGGCCAAACUAGUAAAGUAGAGAAAAGUAGCUUUAAAAGUAGUCAUUCUUGCAAUCCUUCAUUAAUCUGCAUACUUAGAAAAAACUGUCUUUUGAUCAAUGAGUGAAAUAUGGUAAAACCAACAGAGGACACCUAAAUAAGGAAUACAGGAGCUUUAAUACAAAACACGAAGCACUUUUCAGUUUCUUAUACAAGUCUCAUAUGAAGUAAAGGUGAAAGCACUUAGUGUUUUGUACUAAUAUUUCCUUUGUUGAUUAAGGGAACUAACACUUCUUAUGGCUUUGUUUUAUGUAAUUACUUUUUCUCUUAAUGACAUUGGCUCUUUCAUGAAAAAAAACUUUUCUGCAUA